AUGACAUCCGAGUCCUCUAGCAUCUCUAUCACUUCACAAGAUCAAGGUGAUUCUUCCCGCUCAAAAACCGUGGUCAACAUGGAGGUUGAACAAGAUCGAUCAUCGAAUUCCAAUUCCAACAAUCUAAUCGAUUUUGUGAAGCUAUCGAAAGACGAUUCCGUUCCAGGGUUAAAGGUACAAGAGCAUGAUUUUUUUAAUCUUAUACAAGUUGGUUCAUCGUCAUGUUUACCUAAUAAUGACAUUGAGCAGAAAGAUGAGAACAAUAGCGAAGAGAAGAGUUCUGAUCUAAGGUCUUUCUCAUGCUCCUUUUGCAAGAGAAAAUUUUCGACUUCUCAAGCAUUAGGAGGACAUCAGAAUGCUCAUAAGGCAGAACGCGCUUUAGAAAAACAGCGUAAACAAAGGUACGAUGGCGGUGCUUUAGGUUUAGGGCAAUCUCACUAUAGCCCUUAUUUUAGUUAUUCAAGCAAUCUCUUUGCACCUUAUAAUUGUAACUAUAGACUUGGGGUUAGAAUGGAUUCAACCAUUCAAAAACCACCUUAUUUUAGCCCUAGGACUACCCCACAUAGUUUUGGUUAUAGCAAUGGUGCUUCGAGUUACCAAGAUAUGUUAAACCCUUCUCUUGUGUCAUUGAGAAAUAUGGGAGGUGGGAAUAGUGGAAUUGGAACCCUAGGUAUUGGGGGUGCAAGUAAUAUAAAAAUUGAAGAUAGUGGUGCAAAGGAUAAAUUUAGUGCUCUUUUGAAAUUUGGAGAUUCUUCUACAAAUGUGGCUACAAGUUCAAACUCAAACAUAGAAAAGAAAAUCAAUGUGGCUUCUACUUCUAUCAAAGAUGAAAUCAAUGUGGCUUCUACUUCUAUCAAAGAUGAAAUUAAUGAUCAAUCAAAGUCCAAUGUUGAAGAAGAACCAUCCAAUUCUGAAUCUUCUGAACUUGAUUUGUCACUUAAGCUUUAA